UCGAAAUGUUGACCUACAACUGUACGUGAUCAGUUUUUAACAAAAUCAAGUGAAUUCCACGACUAUAAUCCGGCUGACAAUUGCAUCUCUUUUGUAGAAUUGAAUCCUCGUGUUGUUCGACGAAUUGGCAGAAAUUUUUUCAAUUUUCUAAAGUUACAAAUAAUUUUCAAACGACGUGAAACGUAUGUGAAAAUAAUCAAAUCGCACGUGAAGUGAAGAUUCUCCAGGGUGUGAGACAAGAAGGGUAGAUAUCGGGUUAAAAUAAUCAGGAUGGGUUGCGCACCGAGUGGAAUAUCUGGGAAAGGAAGUCUUCGUCUGAUGGCCACAAAGAUCACAUUUUCCAAGGAGCAGCUGGAUACCCUGAACGUUCAUUUUUCAAAAUCUCUCGCUAAUUCGAUCCAAGAGAAUGCCGAUACCAAGGCUAUCGAAGCAACGGUGGAAAGAUUGGUACAACGUCUGUUGAUCGGAGCAGGAAAUAUCGACAGUCGAUUUUCGUCGAUGUUUCUCAUCUCCUUGAACGAUCGAACUAGAAUUAAGCAAUUAAAAUUUGAGUACCUCAUCCGACUCGACGCUCUUUCUUCGCCUGGGCUAACUUCGGAACAAAUCGCGCCCGUCUGCGUAGAGGAAGACGCGUCGAUGCCGGGAUUCGCACGUGUCAAUAUACGGGGAACGGGGGCGGAAUCGUGGGGGGAAUUUCUCGGGCCGGGAGGUAGACUGCGUCGAGAUUUGAUAAAAGCGAAAAUCGCCAACCUUCUGGCCGCAGCAACGAAACCCGGGUCAACGAACGGCGCCGACGAGAGGCUCUGCUGGACCCCGGGGCAAGUGGUGGACCCCGAGGUCCUCGACAAAAUUUUAAAACAGCCGGAUCAUUGCAGGGUGUUUUACGGACCAGCAUACUCGGAUGCCAUUUUGCCGGAGCCGAGGGAUCAUCGAGUUGCCCUUGUCGAAGACGCGACAGGAAUUCUCUUGAGGAUCGGUCUCAGCGGUUCGAAAAAUCGGGAGGCAGAGGUCAGACUUUUGAUCGGAGUUGCCGUUCCUUCUUGGUCUAUUUUAGCCGACUACCCUCGAAGAAUUCCCCUACACCAUUGCGAUGCUUUGCUACAUCUUACGGCGGCGCAAACCGGCAUGUACGUAGUCGCGGUGGGUCCUUAUCCUGGCGCCCGUUGCGAGGAUCGCGCGACACUUUGGAGGGUGCGUUUUCCAGCGGCUGAAAGUGUUAUGCAACACCAUUAUCACGAAGAUAGUGUUCCAGCUUCGACGACCGUAGUUCUUUGGGACAUUCUCGAUCAGUUGCGAAAAAGAAGACCUCUCAAAGUGCCCCUGAAAAACAAGGACAUGCUCAGAGUCGUUUCGAGACACACGUUGAAAACGAUACACUGGUGGUCGUUGGAGAGGGCUGGACCGGAUCCCCUGAGAAGUUGGGCACCCGGAACGCUCUCUCGUCACGUAUUAACAAUUUUGGACGAACUCGUCACAUCUUUGAAAUGCCAAAGUUUGCGAUGUUAUUUCUACCCAAGAUGCAACGUCAUGUUGCAGUGCGCCAAGGGUGGAAUUCUUCAUCACGAGGACUCGUAUCUGUCGGAUUCAAAACUGCUGGAAUCUUAUCUGGUCGCGUUGCAUCAGAAUUCGCUGAACGAUACACCGGUGGAAAUGGAACCGUCGGACAUUUUGGAGAACGAGUUAAUCGCGAGAUGGAAUCGCGUUAUUACAUCACUACCCCGUGGAACAAUGGGCAGACAUUGCGGCUACGGGGGAAAACAACUGGAAUAUCUCAGUCUGGUCGUCAGGGAAGUUCUCAAAGUGAAGAAAGUCAUCCACAAGGGAGGCGACGAUGACAUUUUUCAAAAUUUAUCGAACUUCGAGAACGUCAACUGCAGUUUAUCCGAGCCGACGGAAAAUCUGAUCCACCUCCUCACUCUGACGCUGAGACAGGCGAGGGAUCAAAUUUACGCGGCUACCGAUCGGAGGCACCGCAAGGAAACGCGGCGCAAAAUACUCGGUAGAAAAUCGAACAACGCAGCGACCACUUACUUCGAAAAUUCCGUCGACGUUCUCGUCGACAUCGUGAGGAGGGACCGAGAAACCGCUUACCUCGAUCUGGAGAACCACACGGUGCUCGCCAAGACGCUCGUCAAGUGGUUAUACUUCGGCAUGGAGCACGACAAGAAAACUCUGGGCCCUAUUCUCCGCCCCUAUCUCGGCAACUUGUUCAACUCCUCCCACGAGAACGCCUGGCACGUGGAAUCGUGGCGCAAACGGGACGAGAUAUUUAACACGGAAAUGCGUUCGUUGUCACUGUUUUGCAAAUUGGUCACCACGCAGGAGAUAUCGCCGGCGAACGGUGUGGUCGAUUCAUUCUCGAAGGGUUGGACGUGGGCUGAGAACGUCACGAAGAUGAUCGAACGUUCCGAAAAUGGAUUGAGGCUAGUCUUCCUCUCGGACAAGGUCGCCAGGUACAAUCUCACCUUCGCGAACAACAAGGGACUGAACAUGUACUCGACCUGGAGCAAAGCGCGGAACGUUAGCAACGCCGUGAAACGCACCACCCUCGCCAGGACCAACAUGAUCACCAUGUCCAAUCUACUGCCGAACGCUGAUCCGGGAGAAAAUCGCGUCCAAGAAUUGGCGGGUCACGUUGUCCUCCGAGAAAUGAGUCCGUUGACGAGCGUCGUCUCCAUGGGACGAAGACGAGGUCGUCAAAGGGGCCCGGGGGGCUUAGUUCCAGCUUUGGUAGCGCUCAACAAGUUCAGGGUCCUGCAGGAGGUAGCGGCCGUCUUACCUCACGACGAACGCAUCGCGAUGUUGGACGCUGUUCAACGCGUUGCGAGGGAGGCUUCGAGACGUUCGAGGAGAGCGAGCUGUCCGGAUCCCUCGACUUCCGGUUCACCGAGACAAACUUAUACCCCGAGGUCGGAGUCGCAUUUGGAUUUGUUGCCGAAUCCGCCCUUAUCUCCGACGACUCGACAGCGGAGCAUCAUCGCCGAACAUCAGAGGCAGCUUCACAGAGAAAUGUUAGAAAUGCACGACACAAUGACGCGGGGUCUACGCCCCAGAGGGCAUCUUCCUUCCUGGGAUUCGGCAUCCCUGGCCUCCUGGUCGUCGUCCGUCGGCUCCGUGGGAAGAAACAGACUGAGAAUUAGCCGACCGUCGACGUGGGACAGCGUGAGAGGCCCGUCUCCGAUCUGGGAUAGCGUUAGCACGGACGGGAGUUUCGUAAAAACUCGAUCGGAGGAGAUGAUAAGCCGAGAAGAUUCACCGAAAUGGAAUACCUUGGAGCGCGGAAGUUGCUUGGGUGGUUUUCAAGGCGUUACAAAUUUCGUUGAACAAGCUCGUUUACCGAGUUGGGAAAGCUUGGAGGCGACUCUGGACGAGAAGUUGUCAAAGUACGAGCCGUUCCCCGUGGAGCCGGAUUCCCUGGAGAUUCAGGAAAACAGAGACGUAGGAAUCGACUAUCUGCUGACCGCCAAUCCGAGCAGGGAAAUUCCGAGGGAAAAUAAUCGCGCUGACCAACGCAGAAAUGAUAAAAUUCAAAGAAAAAUAACGCCGUUAAAACGUAACGAUGACGCGCCACUCAAACUCACCCUUGAAAAAGACGUUGCCGCAGCUAUCGACCCCACUAAAAAAGGGAGAGACAAAAAAAAUACCGCAAAAAUGCACAGAGACAAUUCCCGGUAGCAUUCGCGGCGAUAAAUUUCAUCAAACUUCUUUACCUGCAUAAUUUCUUCUUCUUCUUCUUCUUCUUCUCCCUCGAAAGUCUGAUUAUUAUCCUUCUCUACGAUUAUAAAAAAAAAAGAGACGGACGCGUUUCCCAUCGAUUUCACACGUCUCUCUGGUUUUAUCAUCGUCGUUAUAAUUAUUGUAAUAUAUACGCAGGUGUAUAAAACCGAGUAUAAAACCCUCGGGAUUUUAUACGGGCGCAUAAAUGUUUUGCAUAAAUAUAUCGUCCCGUUCUUUUUUACGGUUUUUCUUUUUCGUUUCUUUGUUUGUUCUUUUUUUUUUUUUUUUAUUUUGUUUAUUUUUUUUUUUCGACGCUAAUGCGGAUUUACGAGUUUAUGAAAUAUGAAUUGCAGUUUCGAGCUGUUCUUUUUCGAUUUAUGACCGUAGCUCCGUUUGAAAAUAUUUCCUUACGAUUUUUCACUCCCGAAUUGACCGACCAACGAACCACUCAAAUUACGCACUCGUUCACUAUCUUCCCAUUGAAUUAAAAAAAAAAGAAACAAAAAAAAUCCGUUCUCCGAUUGACGGAAGACGGAAGAAAAAGAAAAACUCGGAUCAUAUUGUGAUACGUAUAGGCACGCGAUUUUGUGUUAUGUCUGGGGUAUAAUUUCCAGUCGAUCGAAGGCAAGUGAUUAUUCAUAUCUCAUUGAUCACCCUAUAACAGUUAUCACUUUUUGGCUAUAACCAUAAUAUACAGUAUGCUGUAACAGUCAAGUUUCGAACAACUAAAGUAAUAUUCAUAGACUCAAGUGCCGCCGCGGUGAACAAGUAUUUACUAACGUCUAUAUGUUACAUGUAUGUACGUUAAACUCACGUGAUCGAAAUUACGCGUACGGUUGAUCGAAUCGGAAACAAUGAAAUUAGGUUGAAAAAAUGGCGAUCGUAAUUUUCUUCGACCGUUGGAAAUUGUUUUACUCGGGAAGGACGGAAAUUCCAGCGAUAAUAGGAUCGUCGAUUCGUCGUUUAUUUUCUCCUUCGACUCCCUACAGAUUUUGAAUUAAGCGAAAACGAAUGAUGUCGGUGGUCAGUGAAUAUCCCAUCCGUGGAAAAUUCGUUUUUCCGUAUGGAACAAGUCACACCUAAAUACGUUGCGUUGAAUACGAUUUGCAUAAAUUCUAUAAACCGAUCUACGAGUUAGCGCAAAUCAACAGCUGAUUCAACUGUACUUGUAAAUUUAGUUCAAGACUGAAUAAAUAACGAUAUACUACGAACAAAAAAAUCUUAUUACUUUCGUCGUGAGGACAAAU